AUGUCGAAACCCCAGAGCCCUCGGCUGACUCGCUUUCUUUCCGAUUUCACGCUCGGGUUUUCCGAUGGCCUUACUGUCCCAUUUGCCCUUACUGCAGGGCUCAGCUCACUAGGAAGAGCUGAUACCGUCAUCAAUGCAGGUCUCGCCGAGUUGUGCGCCGGAAGCAUCAGUAUGGGCAUUGGUGGUUAUCUAUCUGCACUGGAUGAGGUCCCUCACUCAACAGAAGGCAGAGAUGACAUUGUUAAAAACGGUGACGAGGAAGAGUUAAGAGCCAUGUUGCGCGAUGGAAGCUUAGAGGGCCGAUCCAGGAAUCUUAGCGAUCAUUUGGAGGAAAAGGUUUUGGAACAAGAAUCAAAAGAGGACCUAAUACGGAACCAUCUUGAGCCCCUGGCCCUACCACAUACUACCGUCCUGGAGAUUCUUGUGGCGUUGAAAAAUCGUCCUGAUGGUCUUGGACGGGCAGUCUGCCGCCUGCAGCAACAGAAUGCUGCGACAGAGCCGUUGUCGGAUCAGCUACCAAUCUCGCCCGUCGCCUCUGGCCUAUCCAUCUCGCUGGGGUAUGCCAUUGGCGGUAUCAUACCCUUGCUCCCGUACUGCUUUACUUCAACAGUGGGCAAAGGUCUCCACUGGAGUAUCGCUUUAUGCCUGAUAGUGCUCAUGGCAUUUGGAUCGGGCAAGAGCUGGCUACUCCGUGGUGAAGCGAGGAGCGUCAAGGGAAGCCUGUUGGAGGGCCUUCAGAUGCUGGUUCUGGGCAGCUUGGCCGCAAGUGCUGCAGUUCUUUGUGUGAAUCUUGUUGGUGCAGGCUCUGAGCCCAGUCAUUGA